AUGCUCACCGGAAAAUUCAUCAUUUUUUAUGGAAUCCGAAAUUUAUCAACAAAACCCCAAACAUUCAUCAAAAAUAUUAAAUUUCCCACAAUUGAUAACAAAAUUGUGACAUUGGAUGCUGUUUAUGAGGAUAAUCUUCCAGGAGGAUCAUCGGUUGGUACUAUUGUAGCUCUUCACGGCGCUUUUGGGUCUCAUCACGAUUUUCAACAAAUCCGAUAUCCUAAUCAAAAAUUAUUAAAUGAAGAGCGUCAAAGCUAUACAAACGCUUUAUUAGAUGAGCUAAAUAUUCCAGGAAAUGUGGUGUAUUUGGGACAUAGCCGGGGAGCCGAAAAUGCGCUAAUCACUGCUGUGGAGCGACCUAAAGCAUGUGUAGGGCUUGUAGUGCUCAACAGUGUUGGUCUGCGCGAAGCAAAAUGCCAAAAAAUGUGCAACUCAGUGAGCAGAAUUUAUUGGAGUCUUCCGGAAUGGAUAGGAGAUUAUUUAUUACAUAAAGGGUUUAAAAUGAGCGGCUAUAAAUAUCUAAAAGACGGAAAAUCAGCCAUCAUUUCAAUUGAUGCAGUUCUUUCAGUCGGUAUGACCGAUAACUUGCCAUAUAUUGCAAAAAUAAAUGAAACGAAUAUUAAAAUUUGCGCAAUGUAUUCUGGAAAUGAUCAUUUGAUUGAAAAAGAAAUUGGAAGUGAAAUUUUGGACCAUUACAAGAAUCUAGAGAAGUUUGACUUCGAAUCGGAAAUCGAUGAGAAUUCGAUUGACGCCAUAUUGAAGGCGAUUAUUAUCAAAAAAGAUGGGCAUUACCAAAACAAGACGCGCGCGGAUUUGAUUGCCAAAAUUUUGCAAUCGAUUCUUUUUAACUUUAUGAUUCGCCGGCGGGAUGCACUUCUCCGCAAACGGAAUUCCAGCAAGAUCUGUGAUGUAAGCUGUGCAAGACCCGAUGUUGAUUCCAGCCAAUUCAAGGUGACUGAGUUCUAUUUCAAAUAUAGUUAA